AUGGCCCAACACAGAACAAGAAGGAAAGCACAGCAGCCAUGGGGUCCUAACCGGAAGUGCACCGAGGUAGACGAGGUGUCACACCGGAAGGCACUCUCACGCAGUGGCUGUCGGGAGAGGUGCAGGCUGCGGUCCCUCUGCGUGACCCCGUCAACACUGCUUCUGUUUGAUAAUGGGCUGCUUCGGUGCACAUCCUGUUUGUGGCUUGGUGGGUCGAAUACCCAGGUUCUGAUAAAACAAGAAAGAAGAAAGCAGAAGGAAUACUUUGAAAGAAAUAAGUUAAAAUCAAAAAUGAAAUUACUAGGCGUUUUCUCACCUGUCAAGAAUCCUUCUGUCAGUUUAGACAUCCUGAAUCUGUAUAUGGUAAAUCAGAUAUCUUCCAAGAAGGAAAUAUCGGAAACCAUGAAAAGACCAACUCAUGUGAAUAUGAAUAGAGAUUUGAAAAUCCCCCUAAGAAAGCAUAAUUUAGAACUUCCAAUGUCACCUCACUGUGUGCCUUCUAAACUGUGCAUUGAUGAUGUGGAGAACAGUGUACCCUAUCAAAGAUUCUAUAGCAAGGAAGAAACUGGCCCAGUUCAAUCAUCACAUGACAUGAACUCAUACAGAAUGCUCAAUGAGACAGAAAACUGCAGUUAUAUUCCAUCAUCUUUUCCAGAAGAAUUACCCACCAACAGACAUAUUCUGAGCCAACGUUCCACCCCAAUAGCUCCAAGUCCUCGGCAAUUUGCAUAUGAAAACCCCCACACUGGGCAGAUCUCUGUGAUGAUGGGUGACGAGUGUGGAAGCCUUUAUGAACGAAGACAGCCAGACUUUGCUGUGGAGAAAACAUCAGUGCCACAGAUUGGUGCAAAUAGUGGAGAAGAAUUCUCUCAUUUUCUUGAAGAUGGGAUCCACCCAACUCAGAGACAUCUGCUAGACCAUCACGACUCUUUCGUUAAUCACAACAUGAUCAAUUUAUUAAGCAGAGAUCAGCCUGGGAGAAGGGCAACCUUUAAUCAGUGCGGUUAUGAUUGCCUGAGUGACGCCCAUGUCAUGUCUUCUGAUGAAAGCCAGUCCACUAGUGGGUUCAUUCCUGGGAAUUUUACAGUUCCACGGGCAGCUUCUCCUAACCGUCCUUUUAGUGCAAGUUACAUAGAAACAUGUCAGCCAAACAGGCCGUGCCAGAAGCAGCACACUAACAAUGAAAGAAAUGAACUUAGAAGAUCUUUGGAGAAAGACUGUUACCCAGUCAGCUGUGGAAGAAGAGACCUGGAGUCUUCCCAGAGCAGCCAGUCCGCCAGCUACUCUCCACGGCCAACCGACAGCACGUUCAGCUCCAGUUCUGAACUGCUAUCUGAAGAUGAAGAUCAGAAUCAGCAGCAAAUUGAACAUUCAAACAAGAAAGCCACAGAAACGACUGAUCAUGGUGGGCUAGAAAAGGUGGAAGGUCAUUUAGGUGACAUAACUGUGAAAGACAAUGCCAAAGUUCUUAGAGAGAAUCAUAAAUCUCACCAGUCCUCAGAGAAAGAUAAUAGCGAUACAUUUCCAGAGUCUCAGUGCAAUUCAGAGCACACAUCGCAAAACAAAAGCACCGCUAACUGCGUGCUCCAGGCUGGGAGAUGCGAUGUAGGGGUACAGACAGAGGAAGCGCCCCUGGUGGGGAGCACAGCAGAUGUCGCUGUACAGUGCACCAUCAUUGCACCGUGCUCAUGUAAGAGUAGUCCCAGCGUUGACACAGAGGAGGAGUCCUCCCUUUCCGGAGCAGGCAGCUGUACUGAAGAUACGAUGUCAGACACCACCGGAGGGCAGGAAACACCCACAGAUAACUAA